GUUGCUCAAACACCAGCAGCGGUGCCCGUGUACCUCCGCUCCUCUCUGCCCACGAGGGGAUGCAGUUCUCAGAAAGUGAAGUAUAUUUUAAUGUACUAUAGAUUACAUACGACGGAUGGGAACUAUCAAAGUUUAUAAUGUCAAAAACUUCUCUUAGACCAAAGCUAUCUUCCACAAAGGUGGCAGACUGGGUAGACCCAUCAUUUGAUGACUGCUCAAAGGAUACAAGCAUCUCUGCCAUUGCUGCUUCGUCAUUGGUUGUGAAUAACUCCAUUCAUAGAAGAAAAUGUAUGCCUUCCACAGUAGGAAAUAGCCCAUUUCCAGCUAGAAAAAGAGGAAAGCUGUCCUCCUCGAAACAGACUCGUGGUCUAGAAAAUUCAAAAGAAUCUCUGCCUGAAAGUGUGCCAUGGGUGGAUAAAUAUCAGCCAGAAACUCAGCAUGAACUUGCUGUUCACAAAAAGAAAAUUGAAGAAGUUGAAACCUGGUUAAAAGCUCAAGUCUUAGAAAGGCAGCCAAAACAGGGUGGGUCUAUUUUAUUAAUCACAGGUCCUCCUGGAUGUGGGAAGACAACAACUCUAAAAAUUCUAUCAAAGGAGCUUGAUAUUCAAAUACAGGAGUGGAUUAAUCCUGUUUUACCUGACUUCCAAAAAGAUGAUUUCCCGGAGAUGUUUAACGUUGAACCAAGCCUUCACGUAUACUCUUACCAGUCUCAGAUGACAAUUUUUAAAGAAUUUUUGUUAAGAGCCACUAAGUAUAACAAACUGCCAAUGCUUGGAGAGGAUAUGAGAACUGAUAAGAAGAUAAUUCUUGUUGAAGAUUUACCUAACCAGUUUUAUCGAGAUUCUAAAAUUUUACAUGAAGUUUUAAGGAAUUAUGUACAGAUUGGUCGAUGUCCUCUUAUAUUUAUAAUCUCUGAUAGUCUCAGUGGACAUAAUAAUCAAAGGUUACUGUUUCCCAAAGAAAUUCAAGAAGAGUGUUCUAUAUCAAAUAUCAGUUUUAAUCCUGUGGCACCAACAAUUAUGAUGAAAUUUCUUAAUCGAAUAGUGACAGUAGAAGCUAAUAAGUUUGGAAGAAAAAUUGCUGUUCCUGAUAAAGCUUCCCUGGAGUUGCUUUGUCAAGGAUGUUCUGGUGAUAUCAGAAGUGCAAUAAACAGCCUCCAGUUUUCUUUUUCAAAAGGAGAGAACAAUCUAUGGCUAAGGAAAAAAGGAUUGUCAUCAUUAAAAUCAGAUCCUGCGCUAUGCAAAUGGAAACAGAAGGAAAAACUUGACCAAGCAGUGGGAAAUCAAGACGUCCAAGCUAUUGGCGGCAAGGAUGUUUCUCUCUUUCUCUUCAGAGCUUUGGGAAAAAUACUGUACUGUAAAAGAGCACCUUUAGCAGAAAUGGACUCACCUCGGUUGCCUUCUCAUUUGUCAGAGUAUGACCGGGAUACAUUAGUUAUUCAACCUGAGGAAGUAGUAGAAAUGUCACACAUGCCAGAAGAGUUCUUUAAUUUAUAUCUUCAUCAAAACUACGUGGAUUUCUUCGUGGAAAUAGAUGAUCUUGUGCGAGCCAGUGACUUUCUUAGCUUUGCAGACACCCUCAGUGGCAACUGGAAUACACGCUCUUUACUCAGGGAGUAUAGUACAUCGGUAGGAACGCGAGGCGUGAUACAUUCUAACAGAGCCCGAGGAUUUGCUCACUGCCAAGCAGGAGGAUCAAGUUUUCGACCCUUGCACAAACCCCAGUGGUUCCUAAUAAAUAAAAAGUAUCGAGACAAUUGCCUGGCAGCAAAAGCACUUUUUUCUGACUUCUGCUUACCAGCCUUAUGCCUCCAAACUCAACUGUUACCGUACCUUGCUCUGCUGACUAUUCCUAUGAGAAAUCCAGCACAGAUUUCUUUUAUCCAAGAUAUUGGAAGGCUUCCUCUGAAGCGACACUUUGGAAGAUUGAAAAUGGAAGCCUUGACCGACAGAGAGCAUGGAAUGAUAGACCUUGACAGUGGAGAUGAAGUCCAGCUGACCGGAGGGCAGCCUACCGAGGAAACUCUGGGUGAACCUCCUCAGCCCUCAGAAGCCUCAGCCUGGUCUCUUCCUUUGAGUCAGAAUAGUGGGAGUGAACUGCCUGCCAGCCAGCCUCAGGCAUUUUCAGCCCACGGAGAUGUGGAAGACCAUGACGAUGAUGACAUGAUCAUAGAAGACUAUGAGAGUGAUGAGACAUAGGACCCAGGCUGCCAGUCAGAUUGCUACUUGAAAAUUGGUUUUAGUUUCAUUCAGUGUACUGUGAACAAAGUUGACACACAUUUCAGGUGAAUUAGACACUGUUCAUCCUUCGCUCUUUGCCCAGAACUUCAGCACAAAACUGACUCUGUCAUCCUGACAUAAAAAGGUCAAGCCUUCAAAUAACUUCAAUUUUCUCGUAUUUAUUUAGUCCUGUGAGUGUUGUAGAGAGGAGAUCAAUGUGUGUGAAAUGUGUUUGAGCAUUAAGCCAAGUAAUCAGAAAAUGUGAAGGAAUGGUUCAGAACAUGAAAACUUUUACAGGAAGUUGUAAAUAUGAAUUAUAAAGUUGAGGCUGCAUUUAUGAGUGUAAAUAAACGCCGUGCCUUAUUUACA